AUGCAUCUCAUGCCUGCUCCUGCUUCUACUCCUCUUCCCCACUGCACCCGUCCCUACCAUUGCUCCCUCUCCCUCUUGCUUUCCUUCCUCUUCCCUUCCUUCGUCUCCCAACUCCCUUACUCCCUCUCUCUUCCCUUCCUCAAAAAUCCCUCCAUAUCCUAUUCCUUCUUCCCUUCUUUCACCCUCUUCCCUGCCUCCCUCUCCUCUUCCUCCCCCAAUUUCCCCUCUCUUGUUCCUCGCUCUCCUCUGUCCCAAUCUCUUCUCCCAACCUCUCCUCUUUCCCCUUCUUUUCUUGCUCCUUCUCCUCUUUCGCCCUCUCCUCUUCUUCCCUCUGCUCUUUCCCCCUCCCUCCUUCCUCCCUCUCCUCUUUCCCCCUCUCUCCUUCCUCCCUCCCCUCUUGCCCCCUCUCUCCUUCCUCCCUCUCCUCUUUCCCCCUCUUUCCUUCCUCCCUCUCCUCUUUUCCCCUCUCUCCUUACUCCCUCUUCUCUUUCCAUCUCUCUCCUUCCUCCCUCUCCCCUGUCGCCCUCUCUCUUUCUUCCCUCUCCUCUUUCCCCCACCCUCCUUCCUUCCUCUCCUUUUUCCCCCACUCUCCUUCCUCCUCCUCCUCUGUCCCCUUCCCUCCUUCCUCCCUCUCCUCUUUCCCCCUCUUUCUUUCCUCCCUCUUUCCUUCCUCGCUCUCGUCUUUCCCCCUCUUUCCUUCCUUCAUCUCCUCUUUCCCCCUCCCUCCUUCCUCCCUCUCCUCUUUCCGCCUCUCUCCUUCCCCCAUCUCUUCUUUCCCACUCCCUCCUUCCUCCCUCUCCUCUUUCCCCUCUCUCCUUCCUCCCUCUCUUCGUUCCCCCUCUCGCCUUCCUUCCUCUCUACUUCCCCCCUCUCCUCUUCCACCCCUCCUAUGUUCUCCUCCCUCCCCCACCCCUCCUCCUCCUCUCCCUGUUCUGGACCCAUCUCGCUCCACACCUCGCACUACCCAACUCCCAUCACUUCUCUCCUCAAAUUUCCCUACAAUCUCCUUAA